UGAACUGUCUAGAAGGAAGACUUCCCUGUAGUCUGUCAUUCUUAUUGGUGUCUGUUGUUCAGCACAGCCUGCCAACAUGCCCACUGACGCACAAGCCGACGCCCGCUCCUUCCUGACUGAGGAGAUGAUUGCAGAAUUCAAGGCUGCCUUCGACAUGUUCGACACUGAUGGUGGCGGUGACAUCAGCACCAAGGAGUUGGGUACCGUGAUGAGGAUGCUGGGGCAAAACCCCUCGAGGGAAGAAUUGGAUGCCAUCAUUGAGGAGGUCGAUGAGGAUGGCAGCGGUACCAUCGACUUCGAGGAGUUCUUGGUCAUGAUGGUGCAACAGCUAAAAGAGGACCAGGCUGGAAAGAUUUCAGAAUGCUUCCGCAUUUUUGACAAGAAUGGAGAUGGUUUCCUCGACCGGGCAGAGUUCGGGGAAAUCCUUCAUCUCACUGGAGAAACAGUCACAGAGGAAGAUAUUGAUGAGAUGUUUGGGGAGUCAGACUCAAACAAAGAUGGGAAGAUUGAUUUUGAUGAGUUUCUGAAGAUGAUGGAGAAUGUCCAGUAAUGAAGUUGGCUCUACAUUCCUUUGUGACCCUUCCUCAGAGAGAAUUUAAACAUGCUAUCUGAUGGAAAUGUGCCCAGAGCAAAUUCUAGAUGCUAUCAAACUUACAGUUAUGAAUAUGAUGUAGUUUCUGAGGCAUCAAAAUGGAGACCUUCACCCCCACCCUCCUUCCUCUUCUCACAUGAAACCCAGGAGCUUGUUGAAGAAACCUAUAAAUAUCCAUUCAAACCUUUUAAGACGAAGGCGCUGUUCCCUGGCUGCCUCCUUGUGCUGGCCACCCAGCUGUCCCCUUGGCAGCUGCUGUGUCCCCAGAAAUGCUACACCAUCGAGCUUUAACCCCCACCCUCCUCAAAGCUUAAUCUCUCCUCUACC